AUGGAACUCGAAUCUCGCAAUAACAGUACCGAUCGAAUUGAACCAGACGAACUGGUGCAUUUUCAUGAAGGAAGACAACUCCCGCCAGUGGAUGGAGGCAAAGAUGCAUGGAUGUUCCUAGUGGCCGGCUUCAUCAUCGAGGGGUUGACUUGGGGCUUUGCAUUUUCCUACGGUGUUUUUCAGGAUUAUUAUCUUUCAAGCGAUGAGUUCCGGAACUCGGGCAACAUCGCAGCCAUUGGUACUUGUGCAUUGGGGAUUGCCUAUCUUUCGGCUCCUCUCGACUUUGCAUUGUUACUAGGAGUGCCUCGCUUCAGGCGACUUGCUACUCCGGUUGGCUUCCUGGUUAUGUGUUUAGCUCUUGCAUUGAGCUCCUUUUCCACGACGACAACCCACCUCAUUCUCUCACAGGGUGUGGGCUAUGGUCUAGGAGCCGGAUUGGCCUACUCACCUGUGAUUCUGUGGAUGGGUGAAUGGUUUGUCAAGCGGCGUGGACUUGCUUUUGGGACUAUGUGGGCUGGAACGGGUCUGUCUGGUGUUGUAUUUCCCAUUGUUCUCCAGUGGAUGCUGAAAGAGUACGGCUUCCGCACCACUCUGCGCGUCUGGUCGGUUCUACUCAUGAUUCUCAUCGCACCGGUCAUCUAUUUUGUCAAACCACGCAUUCCGACAUCUCAGACUGCUAGCAAGAUCAGGCCUUUUGAUCUCAGUUUUAUAUGGACCAGAUCCUUCAUGAUCUACCAAGUGUGCAACACAGUGGAAGCAUUGGGCUUCUUCCUUCCAGCCGUGUACCUCCCAAGUCAAGCUCGAUCAUUAGGCGUGACCGGUCCGCUGGCAUCAUUGACUGUCAUCUUGUUCAAUCUUGCAUCGAUCGGUGGAUGUGUGGUGAUGGGAAUGCUCGUGGACAAACACCAUGCUACGACCUGCAUACUUUUGUCUAGCGUUGGGACCGCGCUGUCUGUCUUCCUCAUCUGGGGCUUUAGCGUUUCGAUCGCGCCUCUGUAUGUAUUCUGCAUUGUCUAUGGACUCUUUGCGGGCUCAUUCACCUCCACAUGGACCGCGAUUACAAGAGAGACACAGAAGAACAACGAGCGAGCAGAUAUGUCGAUGAUCUUUGGAAUUUUGGAGACCGGUCGUGGGAUUGGAAAUAUUGCCAGUGGAUUCUUGAGCGAAGCUUUGAUCGCACAUGGUGCUUCUAUCAGCGCGUACGCGUUUGGCAGCACUUACGGUAACAUUAUCAUCUUCACCGGAGUCACGGCCCUAUUUGGAGGUGCCUGUGCCCUGGCUCGUCCUUUGAAGCUACUCUAA